AUGUCGCUUCCUACACUCAACCACGUCUUCAACAUGGCCAUUACCCCCAAGGCCCCAGUCAACACCGGCGAAACCCCACGGGGAAAAGCCAACUGGUUCGAAAUCACAGGCGGCAAAAUCACCGGCGCCGACGGCCAACACAUUGCCGACGUCCAAAGCGGAGGAGGAGACUACCUCACCCGCUACGUCGAGGACAAUGUCGCCGAGGUCGACAUGCGGCUCAUUGCGCAGGACUCUGGUGGAAAUCUCUUGCGCUUCACGGUCUCGGGGUAUGAUUACCUUGACAGAGCGACGAUGCUGGCGUUGGAUGGCAGGGCGGGUGAUGAGGAUGUGGGGAGCGGCAGCAGCAGCAGUUCUUCGGGGGAUGCCGAGCCUUAUGGGUUUGAGGUUCUGAAGUGCAAUACGGCGAGUGACAAGUGGAGGUGGCUGAACUUUGCGGUUUUGCUUGCAAGGGUCAAGUUUGUUGUUGGGGAUGCGGGCAUUGAGAGUGUGGUUUAUACUGUUUAUGAGGUCACCAACUGA